AACAACUCAAAAAAAACACGUGUCAUUUAUAAAAAUUGACAUUAUAAAUAUUUAAAAUAUUUAAAAAAAAGAAAUGGAAAUAUCCGAGGAUUACUUUGAUAGUUAUGAAGAAAUUGAUGUUCAUAGAUUAAUGCUAAAUGAUGUUCCACGAAUGGAAGCAUAUAAAAAUGCAAUAUUUAAUAACAAACAUUUAUUUGAAAAUAAAAUUGUAAUGGAUGUUGGUGCUGGAACUGGAAUAUUGUCAAUUUUUUGUGCUAAAAAUGGAGCUAAAAAAGUGUACUCUGUUGAAGCAAGUGGUUUAUCAAAAAUGAUUACAAAAGUCAUUGCUGAAAAUGAGCUGACAGAUAAAAUUCAAGUUAUUGAAAAUAAACUUGAAAAUAUUGAAGUUGAUUCAAUUGAGCCAGUUGAUAUUAUAAUAUCAGAAUGGAUGGGUUUUUAUUUGCUUCAUGAAGGAAUGUUAAAUACAAUAUUAAUUGCAAGAGAUAGAUUUUUAAAAAAAGAUGGACAAUUAUUUCCAUCUGUUGCAACAAUUCAUGCAGCACCAUGUCAAGUACCAGAAUUAUUUGAUUUUUGGGACAAUGUUUAUGAUGUUAAAAUGACAUGUGUUGGUGAAGGAUUGAGACAAGGUAAAUCAUCAAAACCAGAAGUAAUGCUUGUAGAUAAAAAUAAUUUACUUGGUGAUUCAAAAGUUCUUGCUUGGAUUGAUAUUGCAACAAUAACUGCUGAUGAAAUUGAUGUUGUUGGUGGUCAAGAACUUGUUUUUUCAUGUAAUAAAAAUGGCAAGUAUCAAGGUAUUUGUUUGUGGUUUGAUGUUGAAUUUCCAGGUUGUGAAUUAUCAACAUCACCAUUUAAUAAACCAACACACUGGAAACAAACAGUUAUAGCAUUACCACAAUCACAUGAUGUUGAAGCUAAUGAACCAGUUGCAGUUAAAAUAACAAUGAAAAAAGAUCAAUUAAAACCAAGAUGGUAUAAUUUAGAACUUGAAGUAAUUGAUCCAGAUGAUGCUGAGCAUGAUAUACCCUGUAAUUGUUACAUGACCAAGUGUAUUGUUAGUCGUGAAUUUAUAAAACAACAUGACAAUUGUUAAAUCUAUUAAUAAUUAAUAAAAAAAAUUUAA